AUGUGUAAGACUGAUUCAUUAGUGGUCAAUGAUGAAUAUAUUGCUAAUUGUAAUGCUGCAGCCUUCAAAUUAUGGAGACGACAGGGAGACAAAAUUCAUUCUUGCUACAGCUCUCGGCCUUCACCAUUAACUCUUAUAUUCUCUGCUAUAUUUGUCAACGAUAAGACAUUAUCGAUCUUCAUUAGUAGACCUCCUGGCUUGAGUCGUCGCUAUAAUUCAUGCCCAUUACCUCUUGAUCUUGCAGAUGAGAUUCUUCUGGCUGGGAAAGAGACUCUUCAAGAAGCAGCGAGUAAGCUGGAUGAGAAUGGUUGGAACAGAGAGGGUAACAUAUAUUCUUCCUCGAGAAUUCGAGCAUCGAUGAUGUAUGGUGAGAUCAUAGAUGAAAUACUUGAGAUCUCACUCGGGACUGUCAACCAAUUCUCCGAGGCUCGUAUAAUGGACCUGCGAAAAAGGAACGAGAAUAUUCAGGAGCGGCUUCCACCGUGGCUUCGUCUUUCAAGCUCUACUCCGACCAACUCAUCUACAACUACUCAUUGGAUACAGACUGCACUCAAAUUCAAUUGUCUUCAGUGCUCGUUUAUCUUGGAACAGGUUUUCGUUAGGAAAGUCAAGGGUGAUAAGCAACCACUGCUUGACAUUUCGAGACAACUCUUGGUACUAACGGUGUCAAUGUGGAUUUCCAAAGAUCGCUCUCUGACUCAUUAUUCUGAUUAUGACUGGAUUAACAUGUAUUAUGUAAUUCCAUCAGCAGGCGUCAUUUGCGUUGAACUCAUGAAAGAGAUGGAAAUCCCAGCAGCCCAGCAGCCCAACCGGCUAUUUUUUGCCCCGAUCAGAAUCGGCUUCCUGGAUUGGGUAAGACCGACAGCCGCCAAUCAUGAGUUAUGUGGAAGAAUGCGUCAAAGUGUCAAGAGGACCUUAGACGAGAUUCUUGAUCCCCCUAAAAUCGCCAAUACUCCCAAGGUAUCCACUUCUACUACACUUCAGAUAUCGAAUCUUAGUUUCGAACCGAUGGUCAUGGACGAUCUAGAUUGGCUAGAUAAUAUUGAUUGGGCAAAAGGACCAUUCGUGAAUCUGACAAUGGAGGGAUAUAAUGAAUUCUCUUGA